CCCUGCGCCGCAGCCCCGGAGGUCAAGCGGCGGAAGGCGUCUCUCGGUGAUUGCGUCACUUCCUGCCGGCGCCGGUGGCGGGGAGCGCCAUGCCCAAGUUUUACUGCGAUUACUGUGACACGUACCUCACCCAUGACUCGCCCUCCGUGAGGAAAACCCACUGCAGUGGCAGGAAACACAAAGAGAAUGUGAAGGAUUAUUACCAAAAAUGGAUGGAGGAACAAGCUCAGAGCCUGAUUGAUAAAACAAUAGCGGCUGCAUUCCAGCAAGGGAAAAUUCCACCGACCCCCUUCUCGGCACCGCCCCCAGGAGGAGCCAUGAUCCCGCCCCCUCCCAGCAUCCCGGGUCCCCCCCGGCCGGGCAUGAUGCCAGCCCCCCACAUGGGAGGACCACCAAUGAUGCCAAUGAUGGGGCCCCCCCCGCCAGGAAUGAUGCCAGUGGGACCUGCUCCUGGGAUGAGGCCCCCAAUGGGGGGACACAUGCCAAUGAUGCCAGGGCCCCCAAUGAUGAGGCCACCCUCCAGACCCAUGAUGGUGCCAACCAGGCCAGGAAUGACCCGUCCAGACAGAUAAAGGUGGAACUGGAGCUGCCUUUUCUCUUUCAUGUUCCCAUCUUCCCUGUGAUAAAAUGCCCCAGACCCCAUAUCUGGAGGGUUUUGUAUUAAAACAGUUUGUAGAGGAAAUCUGCUGUCCCUUCAGGCUGCAGGUUUGAGCUAGCUGCACACUGAAAUGAUGCUUUUUGUACCUGGUCUGGAUUGUUUUUUGUUUGUUUCCCCCCCUGUUGAGAGCUGUAAAACAGAACAAUAAAACAUUGAUGCUGGUUUCUGGGUGGGGAAUCUCAGCCUAAAACCUG